GUCUUAAUUCAGCGUUUCAUCAUCAUUGUUUCCACCAGAGAUCGAUGUUCAACAUGUUUGAUUUAGUUUCAAUUUACCAGAAUUGGUUUUUCAUCUCAGUUAUUAAUCGUUAAUUUGAGAUUGCUGAAAGAAUUUUCUUUUCCAAUUUAAUUUAAAUUUAUUUAUUAAGCUGUAAUAGGGUAAACAAGCCAUCGUAUUCCGGAAUCAGGCCGGAGGGUGA